UACAAGGAGGCUUAUGACAAGCACCUUGCUAACCUCAAGAAAUUCCAUGUACGAACGAAGGACCACGGCAUUCUCGAUGGUAUCCUGAAGGAGAUCAACGACAAUGGGAGAAUCCACGCUAAGGUAGAUCCGGCUGAUGUCGGAGAUGCAGACUGUCUCUCCGAUGACGAAAUUCACAAUGCCAUUCGCGAAUACCAGCAGGGGAGUGGUGUGAAUGAGACUGAUGACGAGGAUGAGGAUUAUGGUAGUCAUUCUGAGCAGAACGGAUGCGAAGACGAGUAG